AAAAGAACACAUACUGGAGGGAAGCCAUAUGAAUGUAAGCAGUAUGGUAAAGCCUUUUCCCAACCCAGUGGUAUCCGAAUGCACAAAAGAACACAUACUGGAGAAAAACCCUUUCAAUGUAAUCAGUGUGGGAAAGCAUUUUCACAAUGCAGAAAUCUCGAAAGGCAUAAAAGAACACAUACUGGAGAGAAGCCCUAUGAAUGUUAUCAGUGUGGGAAAGCCUUUUCACAAUUGAUUAAUCUCCACAUUCAUAAGAGAACACAUACUGGAGAAAAACCCUAUGAAUGUAGUCACUGUGGUAAAGCCUUUUCAAACCACAGUAUACUCCACGUGCAUAAAAGAACACAUACUGGAGAGAAACCCUAUGAAUGUAGUCAAUGCUGUAAAGCCUUUUCACAACUCGGUACACUCCAAGUGCAUAAAAGAACACAUACUGGAGAGAAACCCUAUAAAUGUAAUCAGUGUGGUAAAGCCUUUACACAGUCUAAUGCUCUCCAAGUGCACAAAAGGACACAUACUGGGGAGAAACCCUACGAAUGUAAUCACUGUGGUAAAGCCUUUUCACAAUCCAGUGGUCUCCAAGUGCACAAAAGGACACAUACUGGAGACAAACCUUAGGAAUAUAAUCAAUGUGGUAAUGCCUUUUCAAAACCUAGUAGUCUUCAAAGACAUGAAAAAAUUCACAUUGCAAAGAAACCUUAUGAAUGCAAUCAGUGUGUUAAAUCCUUUUCAUAA